AUGGAUCCUUCCAAUCCUUCCCACAUUGCAAAAAUGUUUAUGGAUUAUAUGAAUGAUGACAUGGAUGAAGAACUUGUGAGGUUGUUUAUGGAAGAAGAAACCCCGAGCUCUAGAAGGCCUAGGCGUCAAAGAAGGAAUAUAGAGAGGAAUCGUGAAGAGGGACAUGAACGAUUGUUCAAAGAUUAUUUUUCAGAAACUCUGGUAUACACAAAUGAGCAGUUUCAUAGAAGGUACCGAAUGCAUAAACAUGUGUUCCUUCGUAUUGUUGAAGCUCUAGGUCAACAUGAUGAGUAUUUUCGAAUGAUGGUUGAUGCAACAGGUAGGGCAAGUCUUUCACCAUUACAAAAAUGCACUGCUGUUAUUCGUAUGUUGGCAUAUGGGAAGGAUUGGAAGGCGUGGCCUUUAGCAUAG